AUGAUCAAGAAUAUUCAAGGACCAAAGCUUGGCAAAGAGGUCGGCAACCGGGUCGUAGUAAAAUCAUUUCCGGGUGCUACAUCUGAAGAUAUGAGACAUUAUAUCAAGCCAACGAUAAACCGUUCACCAAAUCGAAUUGUUCUCCAUUGUGGAACUAACGAUCUGAAAAAUUCCAGUCCAACCGAGGUUGCCGAGAGGGUUGCUAGUCUUGCAAGUGAAAUAGAAAAGACUUCUGAAACUAAAGUUAUCAUUUCCGAACUUGUUGCAAGACGGGACAUGAAUGAUCAAGUUAAAACCGUCAACAAACAACUCAGAAAACACUGCCAAAGUAACGGCUGGACACUUAUUCAACAUAAUAACAUUAGCUUCGCUGAUUUGAACAGAGGAGGACUUCAUUUAAAUCAUGAAGGUAAUUGUAAAUUUUUUAAAAACUUUGUAGAUACUAUAGUAACUAAACCGGGGGAUUGAAAUGUAUUUUCCUUGAAUGCCGUGCCUAAUGAGAGUUCCUCGAAUAAUUUAUCAAAUCUCAAUUUUGAAACAACUAUAGCCGAUAGCAACAAUUUGAAUACGAAAUCGAUACCACCCUUUCCCGCAAAGCGUGGUUUCAAACUAGCUUCUUUAAAUAUAGCUAGUUUGAUAAAACAUAUAGAUGAACUGAGAAUUCUGCUUGUCAAUUAUCCAGUAGAUAUCUUCUCAAUCAACGAAACUAAACUUGAUAAUUCGAUUAAUGAUUGCGAAAUACAUAUCCCUGGGUAUGAAAUACUUCGCCGAAAUAGAGACCGACAUGGUGGAGGUGUUUGUUUCUAUAUUAGAACCACUAUUAAUUUUUCAAUACGUGAGGAUUUAAAGUUUAAAAAUUUGGAAAAUUUAUGUGUUGAAAUUCGAAAACCUCAAUCCAAACCAUUUGUUGUUGUCAACUGGUAUAGACCACCCAAUUCUCCUGUUGAGUUAUUUACUUCUUUUGAGUCCCUUAUCGGACGACUUGAUGCAGAAAAUAUCGAGUUUUAUUUAAUGGGUGAUUUUAACUGUAAUUUAGCUAACGAUAGUACUCAGUAUGACAACAAUACCCAUCUGCUGUCGAGCAUUACCGAUACAUAUGGUCUUCAGCAGUUAAUCAAUGAGCAUACCCGUAUUACCAAAACAACUUCCACCUUGAUCGAUCUAAUUUACACUAACUAUCCAGACAGGGUAAUUUGUUCAGGAGUCUCGCAUUGCGGUAUAAGUGACCAUAGCCUAAUCUAUGUCUACCGCAAAUUAUCUUUAAAUACUGUAUCUAGUAAAGGAAAUAACUACAUUACCUAUAGAAAUUUUAAGAAGUUUAAUCGAGAAAACUUCCGUAGUGAUAUUUCAUCUCAAGACUGGAGUUACAAUUUAUCUAACACUCAAGACCCUAAUCUAAUGUGGGCUGAAUGGAAAAGUAAAUUUUUAACUAUAGCAGAUAAACAUGCUCCAAUACGUACUAAGCGUAUUCGAUUGAAGAACUCUCCAUGGAUAACAUCUGAUUUAAAAAAACGUAUGCAUGAUCGUGACAUAGCCAAAAUAAAAGCUAUACACUCUACUGUCCCUGGUGAUUGGGACAAUUUUAGAAGAUUACGAAAUAUUGUAAAUAAGGAAAUUAAACUCGCUAAAGAGUCUUAUUAUAAAAAUGCAUUUAUGCAGCACAGUGGCAAUUCUCGAAAGACAUGGCAGAUUGUCAAUGACCUGACCUCGCGUAAAUCAAAAAGAACAUCUGUCAGGGAAUUAAAUUUGAAUGGUAAUUCUAUAUCUAACCCAUCAGAUUUAUCUAAUGCAUUUAAUGAGCAUUUUUCGACAAUAGGACCUAAACUUGCUAGUGAAAUUCCAGUAAGCAGUAAUCAUACGAGUUACACUGAUUAUCUCAUUAACACUGACAAAAGGUUUCAAUUCACGCAAACUAACAAUGAUCAAGUAUUUUCAGUGUUAAGCAAACUAUGCAAAUCAAAAGCAACCGGUCUUGAUCAGAUCUCAGCCAGACUUGUUCGAGAAUGUGCUGAUCUUAUUUCUAGUUCCAUAACCAAUAUUUUUAAUCUUUCAUUAUUAUUGGGUACAUUUCCUGAAGAUUGGAAAUGUGCCAAAGUUACUCCAAUCUUUAAACAAGGUACACGGAAUGAAAUGAAUAACUACCGUCCAAUUUCUGUGAUUUCAGUAAUGGCUAAGGCCUUUGAACGAAUAAUCUAUAAUCAACUUUAUGCAUACAUGUUAGAACAUGAUUUGCUAUCCGAACACCAGUCGGGGUUUCGUUCUUUACAUUCAACGGCUACGGCUUUACUUGAGGCCACUGAUAGUUGGUCUUACAAUAUUGACCGCGGCAAUAUUAAUGCC